AUGGACAAUUCUGGUUCCGUGUGGAUGCAACCAGAAAGGUGCAGGCGCGAGCCAACCGGACGCCUGAGCAAGUGGCGGCGGAUCGAGCAGCAGCUGCAGCGUGAUGGGCAGAUGCACGAGCCAACCGGACACCUGAGCAAGUGGCGGCGGACCGAGCAGCAGCUACUGCUCGGGGUAGCCUUGUGGAGGCAGUUUUGGAUGCUGCCUUCUGGGUUUCAGGCGGCCGACAAACCCCACCAAGCCUUGUAUGGGUGCCUGGUUAGACAGCAGUACAGCUUCAUGGCCGGAACAUGUGCAAGAUGUUCCUGCGGCGAGAUGAAGUCCGCGGUACAGGCACACGGCUACCGGUUUGGUGACAUCCCCAACGUGCACCAGUUGCGUGCAGAUGUUUGGAGGACGCUGGCAGUGGCGCGUCCAGCUCAAGUCGUCGCAUGGCUACCAGUGACAGCCGCCAGAGCACCACCACCGCCCGAGCCAGCUUUGCCGUGGGGCUUCCGAAAGAUGUGGCUCAAUGGGCAUUCUACGGAGAAGACGGGGCUCACCAAGCAUCCUGGUACGACAGGGGACUCUGGUGGUUCGGAUGACCAAGAGCACCGCCAGCCCACCCAGCAGCACAGUUCGUUGCAACAGGCGCGGGACCAUUUGGGCAACACUGGAGCAUAUGGCUCUUCCUGGAAGACUUUCCACCGCAUGAGGCGGGCCCAUCUAGUCUGCCACGGUGAUGUCGGCGUGAGACAGAUGGUGUUGACGACAAGCAGGAGUCUAUUCUUUCCGAUGAAGAAGCAGGAGUGGAUGCGACACGGCCACAAGACGUGGACGGCCAGCAUGAGGAAUGAAUGCUCCCUUCGUGGCCGCCACGACCUGGCAUGGAGCCACGGCCGGAUCCCACUGCUCCGGCGCUCUGGGGAGAAUUGUACGGUGCACACCAACGGGGCUGGCGACGACAUCAUCAUGAUGUGCAACGACUGCAUUCAUGCCUUGGAAUGCGGACGCAUCCCGGAGGCUGCUCUCGCACGCUAUGAUGGUGGAGACGUGCCAGAAAUCAAUCAGGACGGGCAGCGUCUGGAGUGGCCUACCGUGCUGGAAGCCAGCAUACUGGGGCUGGGCCAUGUGCAGCAGCAGAUCUACAGGCUCAAGGUCAAGAACCGGCCGUCUGACUUGCAGCCCAUCACCGUCACAAUGCACGGGAUAGCCGUGGCAAACCCAUCACUCGAUCAUGCGGCUGCAGUCAUGGCCGCUGGGCAAUUUUUGGAAUUUGGCGAGGAUGGUGCUCCGUUGCGGGAGGAGCGUGUCAUGGACAAGUGGCGGCGGGUGCAAAACAACCCCUACACCAGCCAAGCACUCCUCAACACGGUUAAGCUCGCCUUCAUGGACAUCCUUUUUGGUUUCAAACCUGGCGACAAGCGGCAGAGCAACCCCGACUGCUUCUGUGGCACCGUGUUCCACAUCUGCAUCAAGGUGGAGCAGAGUGGACGCCUCGCCCUGCACUUGCACGGCAUGGUGCACCUGGCAGCGAUACCCAUGUGGCUGCCUGAGCCGUACUACGACAUUCAGGACAAAGAGCGACAAGUCUUCUGGCAGACACCCCUGGUCACGGCUGCACCCACCACACCAACGGCAGUUGCACCGACGCCCAUGGAAACAUCAACGGCAGCAACGAAUUCUGGUGAUGACAGCAUGACAGAUGCUACUGCAGAAGAGGAUGACGGCCUGACUCAAGCAGAACCUGGCAGCGCCUCGGGCACAGAUGAAGACAUUGGCAAUGGUGACAAUGGAGUCCAGCCAGCCCCCCCCGCAGCGUCCGCUGGCCGCCCCCCAGCCAUCCGCGCGCCUCAGCCAGAUGGAUCCAUGCCGGCACCUGCGUAUGACUUUGCCAUUGUCGCCCGUGGCAAGCCAUGUGGGACCGGGGGUGAAGCCACUGAUACCUUUACACCCAAAGUGUGCUUGGAACGCUGCACCCAGCACCUUGUGGCGGGUGUCGUGGGGUCCUGCACCCACAAACACACCGACACCUGCAAACGCUUCAGCUGUGCAGGCGUGGAUGGAGACUGCGGCAUGGCCUACCCACGCCACAUCUGGUGUGAGUUCAAGUGGGUGGGCGACAGCGGCCUGUUCGUUCUGCCCCGAUACGGCCCCAACAUUGUGCCCCAUUGCCCCGCUGUCACAAUGGUGCUGGGCUGCAACAACAUCUUCACACUGGCCUGUGAGCUCGACCGUCAGUACAUCGCAACAGUGGAGGAACAGCUUGUACUGCCGGUCCCCAUGUGUGACCCCGAGGUCCUGGAGGACAUCCUUGUGCAAGCAGAGGUUGUGGCCCACCGAACCACGCACUAUGCCACCAAGUAUGUCGCCAAGGCCACGUCGCAGAGCCAAGUCACAUGGCUGAACCGCACGAUCAUGAUCAGCCGCCACUUCCUUGACACUGCAGCUGCUGGUGGUGGAGACCCCGCAGCCGCCCACGACGACCGAUGCAAGGGCAUCGGAAACCUUAUCUCCGCGGCGAACCGUACGACAGCCAGCCUGACCAUCGGAAUGGCCAUGGCGUCCUUCAAGUUGGCAGGACACGAUCGUGCCGAACGUUUCACGAAACGUUCAAGACCACGUAUGAGAACACAUUCCUGA